AUGGCCGAUGCUGCGAGGACGAAGACUCCCAGACCGGGGCCGUUUGCACGACGAACACUGAAGAAAGCAUCGUCGCCAGGGCCUUUGCGCAUCACCAUGCUGAGUGGAGAACUCCUGGGCGAAACAGACGCACGGCGGCAUCGGACAGCAAGGAAGCUGGCGACGUACGUAGGGGAGUACUGCUGCGCCACGCCGGCACCGAAGCAGACCAUAAGGCUACUGCACGCCGGACGAAGGCUGCAGGGCGGGAGACUACGCAUCGAUGCCACAUCAACCGUGCAGGCCGUCUUCCUGCCCUACGUCCAGAUACACGACGGCUCGAGGGAGUCGGAAGACUUCCGCUUGGCCCUGUGGAACAGAAACACCUCGAAGCUGAAAAAAAUACUUUGGCGGCCACUGGACCCCAACACCGUCUUCCAGCAAUUCUACCCGACGCCGACUUCGGGACUGGAACUUCUCAUGCUGAACCAGAACAGACCCUGGUCGCUGCCUGCCCUACGAACGUUGCUGGAAGCCAAAGCAAAACUGGACCGACCCGAAAACAAAGACGUGCUGGCCCUCGCCGUGAGAUAUGCGCCAAGCAGCCACGUGGAGACGCUCCUAAAGCACCGGGCCGACCUGGGCGGCUCCGCGGAUCCCUGGCGGCCCCUGGACAUAGCAUGCCACGACCACCCCGAAAACCUGCUACAGGGCCGUCCACAUCCAGGCAAGAUCACGAUGCUGCUGGCAGCCCGAGCCGAUCCCACGCGAAUGCUCGAGGACCCGACCAGCUGGGCCCAAAACCCAAGCCACCCAGACUGGUCCUACGGAGCCAACCCUCGAAGCCUAGCAACCCUCGUGGCCCUAGCCUGCGCAGCAGCAGCUCACUCAGACCCGGAGUGCAUGCAGCAAGUCGCGCGAGCGGCAGCGAACAAAAGUGCCAUCCCCUUAGAAUAUGUAAGCGACAGCACCCCCGGAAUGCAGGUCCUCACCGCAAGCCUGUGCAGUGCAGCUUGCACAGGCAACGCCCGCAACGUGUGCUGGCUACUAGAAAUGCGAUGCCCAGCAAAUGCACGCGUCGGCCGACACCUCCUGGAAGGUGAGUUCUGUCUCGUACCCAAUGCCGAGAGUCAGUGCACAGCCUUAAACCUCGCAGUCAGAAGCGGCUCCGUCGCCGCCACCCAAGCACUCCUCCACGCCAAGGCCGAUCCGAAUCUCACCUUCGACGAGCUUGCCGCCCUGGACCGAGCUGCGCUGCACAAGGCACCAGCAACGAUAAUAGAAUGCAUACUAGCGGCCAGAGGCGAAGCGACCACGCCCACAGCGCACACGACAUCUCCGCUGACCGGGGCGCAUACCCGAGCGGCGAACCCGACAAGGCUCCUCAGCCCGGGGCCGCCUGCGGACUCGCAACCAAGCAAUGCGCAAGACGUCAGACGGGCCACUGCUCACGUUGGUAAAGCCAUCAUGCAGCCCGAAAGCAGCCGACGGUGGGCCGACAUGACAGACGACGACGAUCAGGCGACCGGCUGGGACUUCGAAGCGUUCAAGAAGGACUACCUGGCGAGGAGAUGCAGCCUGACACUUCUGACGCCCGUGCAUGCCCCAGGCGGAACAAUCAAGAUCGACGAGGCGCGCUGCCUGGAAAACCUCCCCGACAACCGCACCUCGACGGGACACGACCCCGCCCUCCGGCGCGAAGCCAAGAACACCCCGACGGAAGAAGGCAUCACGGCCCCCAAAAAGCCACUGCCGCGCCAGCCACGAUGGACGGCCGACGACGAGAGAGCCCUGGAUCGAGCUUUCCAGCGAGCAGAGGCCGACAGAGCCGCCGAGGCAACACCGCCAAGAAACGAAGCCGAGGAAGCGGCAAAGCUCGCAAGAAAUGCCGCUGAACCAUCUCACGAAGGACCGGCCGCGCGACGAGGGGGGGCCGAGGCGGACUCCGACCACGACACGGAGCCCGGACCAAGCGUCGAGGAGCACUUUCGGGGCAUGCUGGCCAUCAAGAAGAUGUCAGGCGACGGCAACUGCCUCUUCCACGCGCUCGGAGAGAACACCGGCGAGAACGGGGCAUGCCUCCGAGCCCUAAUCAUCCAGUACCUCAGAGACAACGCAGAAUCCGAAGAAGACGAAGAGCAAGUGCAGACCUGGCUACAGGAAAGCCAGUACCUCCAAAGCGAUCCGGGUCACUGGGGCGGCGACACGGCCAUCAUCGCUUUCACCCGCAUGAGGCAGCAGCGAGUCCUUUUGCACUGGCGGACGCCAAACGGCGACAUCCUCACGAGCGAGCGCACGCACUCGGACGUGGACGAAGCAGCCCAACGCGGGCCGCACGCAGCACCGAACGCCACGGAAGUGAUCCAUCUCUGGUACAACGGCAGGGACCACUACGACCUGCUAGUGCCCAUAGACCGAGCAGCGCCACCAGCACCACCACUGCCGCCACCACCACCACCACCACCACCCCACCCGAUUCCGCGCCCAGCCAAGCGCAGAAGAACCGCCGCCGGCGGAGAGGAGGCCCAUCAACAGGCCCAGGCGCGCAAGACGCCGUCGAAGCCGGCGACACGACCGCCCGAGCCAGAGGCGCAGGACGAGCCCAACCUCCUGGAAGAGCUCACCAGCAUGCCCGUGGCGCCGGACAGCAGCCACCCCCGGCGGAAACUGGAAGAGGCUCUCCGGCACCUCGCACACACCCAGCUGCGAGCCCAGCCGCUGAUACCGCCCGGAGCCAGGCCCGAAGACCUCGACCGUGGGGAACCCUGGCCAGGACAGUUCUGCGCCUUCCAGAGCUGCAACUGGUCAUUGCUCACGGGCACCGAGCAAGAGCUUCGAGAGCACGUCCAGCAAGAGCACGCAACAGCACUGCAGAGCGUCGCACAGCACCUACCCAAGCCAAUCCCGGCCGAUGCACUGGCCAGCGUCUACAACGAAGCCAUAGCCCUGCGGUGCAGAGAGGCCGCACCCGUGGCAGGAAGCUCGCGGGACAGAAGCGCGCUGCGGAGCUUCGCCGAAGCCACCAGCAAAGACAGGGUGGAAGCGAUCAUUUGCUUCUGCUGCGCAUGCAUCCACACACGCGUGGCCGACGCCGAGGCCGCGGGCCCCAUCCGCUGGCGCAGGCUCAUCCAGGGUCCCCCCAGCAACGACAGGACCCACGCCGAGACAACCGAACGUCUGCACGACAUCCUGAGCAUCGACAAGUACCUGGGGCUCUACGGCGACCUCGCCGGGGACGUCAAGCUCACCGACGUGGCCGAGCUGAACGAGUGGACCGUGACCAUCCCCGGGCUCGGCGACAUACUCUGCUGCCCAGAAGACCACCGCUGCCACGCCAAUCCCCAGCGACGAGGUCCAGACCUGGGCGCCGGGGAGGGGGGCCGGGGAUCCCGGACGCAAGGCAGCCUAGGGUACCCAAAGGGCUCGGGACCUAAAGCCCUGAAGGAAACCCAGCAACCCCACAGAAAACCCUGCGCACCUGCACUCCAAACCUUGCUGCCUCACAGCCCCAUGCCUUCCAACCUCCGAAGCCACACCCUGAACAAAACCACAAGCCUCGCGCACUCCGACCUUGCAGCCUACGAAAACCCAAACCACCUCGGAACUCCCUGA